AUGGCACCUCUCAACCAGCUGGGGAGCCACAUCAAUGCGACCUGUGCAGCAGAGAACUCCACAGGGGCCGGCUGGGCCCGCCCACACGCAUACUAUGCCCUCUCCUACUGCGCACUCAUCCUGGCCAUCGUCUUUGGCAAUGGUCUGGUGUGUGUAGCUGUGCUGAAGGAACGCGCCCUGCAGACCACCACCAACUAUCUGGUGGUGAGCCUGGCUGUAGCGGACCUGCUGGUGGCCACCCUGGUAAUGCCCUGGGUGGUGUACCUGGAGGACAGACAGCCCAGGGAAGGCAAUAGAGUCGACUGGGUUGCUGUCCCUUUGCUGGGAGGAAACACUAACAUCCUUGUCUCUGAUGCCCAGGUGACAGGUGGGGUCUGGAAUUUCAGCCGAGUUUGCUGCGAUGUUUUCGUCACUCUGGAUGUCAUGAUGUGCACAGCCAGCAUCCUGAACCUCUGUGCCAUCAGCAUCGACAGGUACACUGCUGUGGUCAUGCCAGUUCACUACCAGCAAGGCACAGGACAGAGCUCCUGUCGACGUGUGGCCCUCAUGAUCACAGCUGUCUGGCUGCUGUCCUUUGCUGUGUCUUGCCCUCUCCUCUUUGGCUUCAACACCACAGGAGACCCCAGCAUCUGCUCCAUCUCCAACCCUGACUUUGUCCUCUACUCUUCAGUGGUGUCCUUCUACCUGCCCUUCGGAGUGACUGUCCUCGUCUAUGCCAGGAUCUACGUGGUGUUGAGACAGAGGAGACGGAAGCGGAUCCUCACUCGACAGAACAGUCAGUGCCUCAGUGUCAGACCCGGCUUCCCCCAACAGUCUGCCUGUCUACAGUUACACCCCAUUCGGCAGUUUUCAAUAAGGGCCAGAUUUCCAUCAGAUGCCACGCGGAAAAUGGAACAUUCAGAAGAUAAACAAUACCCCCAGAAAUGUCAGGACCCACUCUUGUUACAUCUACAGCCCCUCUCCCCUGGCCAGACACACAUGGAGCUGAAACGCUACUACAGCAUCUGCCAAGACACUGCCUUGGGAACACCAGGAUUCCAAGAAGGGGAGGGAGACAUGAAAAGGGAAGGGAGGACUCGGAACUCUCUCAGCCCUACCAUGGCACCUAAACUCAGCCUAGAAGUUCGAAAACUCAGCAAUGGCAGGUUAUCGACAUCCCUGAGGCUGGGGCCCCUGCAACCUCGGGCAGUGCCACUGCGGGAGAAGAAGGCAACCCAGAUGCUGGUCAUUGUGCUUGGGACCUUCAUUGUCUGCUGGCUGCCCUUCUUCUUGACCCAUGUUCUCAAUACCCACUGCAGAGCAUGCCACGUGUCCCCACAGCUCUACAGUGCCACCACGUGGCUGGGCUAUGUGAAUAGUGCCCUCAACCCCGUGAUCUACACCACCUUCAACGUCGAGUUCCGGAAAGCCUUCCUCAAGAUACUGUCCUGCUGAAGGAGGAUAGGAGAGAAGACUCCCUGUGCCCACCUUUAGCUGCCAGGCCACAGUGCUGCUGGCCAAGGCCUGCUCAGAAUGAUGAUGCAGUGUUUUCUGAAUGGGGAAGGAAGGAGAUCCCUGGAGUAAGGAUGUCCCUGUGUGGCAGAUGUCACCAACUACUUCCUCUAGAACAGCAUGUUCUACCUCCCCAGCUAAAAUCUGACUUCACUCUGGCAAUCUUGAAGUGGUUUAGGGCCCCUGAAUGAUAAGCAAUAAUUCAGAGAGAAGCUGAUGGAACACGAUUCCACACACAAACACAAUUGUCAUCAGAGGCAUGAUUCAUUACGUGAAGGAAAUAAUGAACAGAGCUCAUAAUUUUCAACUUGCCAAGGGUCCUUGAAAUCUCAGCCAGUAAACCAUCUUGCAGACAGCCAGUCUCUCUUCCUUCAAAUUUCUAAUUAACUGUCAGGCUAAACUUGUACUUUCAUGAGCCCACUCUCUCUGGUCAUUCCUUUCAUUCACUGCAUCCUAAAAUAUAACAGCAAGGCCAGUGCUUCCACCUCUCCAUAGACUCUGACUGGCUACCUUUAGUUUGGGAAAUUCCUCACCCUGAGAGAGACAUGGUCUCACACUGGGACCUGGGAUUCAUUUUAAACCUUGCUACCCCUGUAUUUUGGGCUUCCCUGGUGGCUCAGUGGUAAAGAAUCCACCUGCCAAGCAGGAGACGUGGGUUCAACCCCUGGGUCAGGAAGAUCCCCUGAAAAAGGAAAUGGCUACCCACUCCAUUAUUCUUGCCUGGGAAAUCCCAUGGACAGAGAAGCCUGGUGCGCUAUGGUCCAUGGGGUCACAAAAGAGUCAGAUAUGACUGAGUGACUAAACAACAAAAACCUCUGUAUUUUAGCUCUAGCUAAGAAGCCCCUUUGAUUCCAUUCCCUUACUUUCAGAGUGUCAGCUUCAGAGUAAUUCAAGAUGCAGGUGAAGUGACAAAGGAAGGACAAUUCUCUCUAUAGUAUCACUGUUGAAACUUAUGGUUCAGAACAUGCUUUAGAUGUGCUUUUCAUAACCUCAUGUGAGGUUUUCCUACACAGACAUCUCCAUCUCCUGCUUAACAGAGAUCCAGUACUUUCAGACCCAGAAACCCAUUGAGUAUUAAGGGUCUACAAGGCGCCAUUCAUCUCCCAGGUUCUGGAUAUAUGACAAUGAAUAAUACAGCUCCUGCCCUCAAGGAGCCCCCCACCUGCUCCAGUGUUUGACUGUUCACUUGUCUAAGGAUGGUAGGGACUCACCUAAGCUACCAGAGGACCCCAGAACUGAGACCAAGUAGCUGUCCAAAGCCAUCAUAAGGACAGUCUUUGAAAAGUCCUAAUGCAGAUGCUAAACAUUAUCCUCCAACAAUUUAGAUUAAAGGUAUAAUAGAAACAAUGUGUAAAUGUCAUUCAAAAUUGCAUUUAGAAGAAACUUGAAUAUUCUCACAUUUACCUUUUCACCUACAGAAGCUCUUUCUUAUUGAUUACAGGAUCAAUAAAAUCUGUGGAUAAUUUAUGAAACAUUAUCAUCCUGAGCUUCAAUAAAUAUACUGUUAAGACCUGUUAGUGCAUGGGCAUGACAGAUAUUUGCUGCAUUGCUAUUAAAACCUCAAAAGGCACAGGAACUCUAAUAUGGAAUCCAAGGCUUCCUUUGCCCCUUCUUAUUCCUUUAACUCUAAGUGUAUAUAAAGAGGAGAUAUACAACACCCCCCCACCCCAGUGAAUCAGUUACUGUUACUCCUGAAUGCUUUAAUUGCCAAUAUUUUAAAAUAUUAUUGUCCAUAACAACGCUGUCUGCCCACUAGUUCUUGUACCUGAUGCCAUCUGGCACAAUAGGUUUAUGGAACAAGUAAAACUAGGGACUGAGACAAUUAAAUAUCAGAAGAAGUCAAAGUACGUGAGUCCUAAGUUUUUCUAUGCAAAACAAACAGCAACAAAGGUGGGACAGUGGGGUGAAAGAUCAUAGAAUUUCAUAUCAAAAUCAGAGUCCUAAAAGGGGAAAUAUAAAUAGCAUCAGUACUCAAAAUAUUUGUGAAGAACAGUGAUAGCAAAUAUUUUGUACCAUUUAUUUACAUCAGGUCAUCCAACCAUUAAUGAUAACUUUAGAAAGAUAAACAUCAUUUUGUACAUGAGGAAACUGGGGCAGAGGGAGGGAAGAGGUUUGCCUCAGGUCACACAGUCAGUAAGUGGCAGAACCAGGAUACAAGGGUCCAUCUGCCUGAUUUCUAAGCUCAUGCAAUUAACCACUGAGAGUGGUAAAGGGGUGGGGAGAAAAAGAUGGAACAAAGAUCCCCAGGAGAGUCUUUUUUUUUUUCCAUUUAUUUUUAUUAGUUGGAAGCUAAUUACUUUACAAUAUUGUAGUGGUUUUUGCCAUACAUUGACAUGAAUCAGCCAUGGAUUUACAUGUAUUCCCCAUCCAGAUACCCCCUCCCACCUCCAUCUCCACCCGAUUCCUCUGGGUCUUCCCAGUGCACCAGGCCCGAGCACUUGUCUCAUGCACCCAGCCUGGGCUGGUGAUCUGUUUCACCCUAGAUAAUAUACAUGUUUCGAUGCUGUUCUCUCGAAACAUCCCACCCUUGCCUUCUCCCACAGAGUCCAAAAGUCUGUUCUGUAUUUCUGUGUCUCUUUUUCUGUUUUGCAUAUAGGGUUAUCGUUACCAUCUUUCUAAAUUCCAUAUAUAUGUGUUAGUAUACUGUAUUGGUCUUUAUCUUUCUGGCUUACUUCACUCUGUAUAAUGGGCUCCAGUUUCAUCCAUCUCAUUAGAACUGAUUCAAAUGAAUUCUCUUUAAUGGCUGAGUAAUAUUCCAUGGUGUAUAUGUACCACAGCUUCCUUAUCCAUUCGUCUGCUGAUGGGCAUCUAGGUUGCUUCCAUGUCCUCCCCAGGAGAGUCUUAUCCUGUCCCACCCACCUCCACCUUAGACUCUCUUGAGAAUCCAAGGCAUUACUCUCACCCUCCUUUCAUGUUCAACCUCUGAACCAGUCACAUGGGACAUUCAUAAUCUGUUUUUGCAGAAUCAUGGAACAGACCUGAGGGAGUAUUGGUUCUAUCCUCUCCAUUCACAGAAAAGGAAACUGAGACCCAGAAUUGUUGUCCCGCCAUUGGUUAAUGACAGACAAGUACUCGAAUCUGCUAAAUCCUAGUUCAGUACUCUCUCUACUUUACCACACUGCCUGUGAGCCCCAUAACAAUCAUAAACUCCAUACAGAUACAAGGACAAAGUCCUACUGUCGUCUCCAUCAUUAAACUGAGGCACUUUCCCCCUCCAUAGUAUCUAUUAGGAAACAUCUCCUUUCCAGAAUUUCCUUCUGAGCCAGGAAGAGCCUCCUAGGGGAAUCCCAAACACAUCUUCCAAGCACCCACUUCAGCCUCUUCAUCCCGAGUUUCUGCAUUCUACCUCCUCCACCUCUUCAUUCCCAACACGAAUCGGCACACUCCACCUUAGAGCUCGCUACUUCCAGAACCAGUAUGAUCAAAUAUCCCAGGAGAGAUGCUGGCCUGAAUAAGGUAGAGCAGAGUUCUUGGGGCAAACCAGGCCUGGAGUCCAAAGACACCUAAGAGCAGUCCAUACUGUUUGGGUGAUAUGUAAACAGUGUGGAUAUCCAAGCAGAUGACAACCAACAUUCAACUUUAGAUCUGAAAUAAAUAUUUUCUUCUUCUACAACACCAUUCUAAAAAAAUUCCAUUCAUUACUCAUUUACUAAAUCAACCCCUUAUUCAAUAAAUAUUGAUUGGUUACUUUCUCUGUGCUAAACAUGGUGCUUGAUGCUGGGAAAUGGGAGUAAGGAAGCCAGAAUCCUUGUUUUCAGCAGCUUGUGGUCCAGUGGGGAGGUAGAAUGCCUGUGCACAGUGAUGACCUGCUUGUCACCUAUUUUAAAGGGAAUUCAUGAUGUCUGGAAAUCCCAUAUUCAACCUUGAGAAGGCUUUGCAGACAUGCCAUGGUUGAGACAUAAUUAAAAAGUAGAAAGAGUGUUCCAGACAGAGAAAACCUCUGAAAAAAAUAAGAGAAAAAGCAAGGAACAUGCAAGGUACCUCAAAUAAUUACAUCUGGCUAUACAGAAGAGACCCUAGAGAUAAGGCAGGA